UCGCUCGAGUCACAUAACUUUACAGCCUAAUAAAAAGAUAUAUAUACAUACAUAUACGCACUUACAUACCGAGUUCUAUACACCCUGUCUGUCCCAACACACACACAUGUAAAUGUUUAUGGUACCUAAUUAAAGCUGGUGCGUCGUUUACUUUGAGGUGAACCAGAAAACAUGAAACUUUAAAAAAAAACUCUUAGUACUUACUGUCGCUUUAAAUCGGACACAAAACCAAAAUAGUGGUUUCUAAUUUAAAACAAUAACAUUCACAAGUGUCUGAUAUUGCUUGGAAGAAGAUUGAUAGAAAUAAAAGGCGCAGAAUAAAAGCAAAUUAGAAAAAGUAUUUCAUCCAUUAACUUGCUAGAAAGAGAAAUAGAGAGAAAGCCAGACUUUUUAUAAUCCAAAUUUUACAACCAAUUCUUGAAAAGAAAUACCAAGCACAGUUACCCAAGAAAAGAGGGUCAUAUUCUUUUUAACAAAAAUGUUUCCUCCAAACUAAGUAACUGGGAUUAUAUUGCCUGGAAGUUAUUUCCAAGGAGGAUUCUUUCUCAGCUUCACCGCAAACGCAGUUUUUGUAUUUUUGUAAACUUCGAAGAAAAACUGAAAUUUUAAUUAAAAUCAGCAAAAAUUACUUUAUUUGGAUUGUUUGAAUUUGCUAAAGAGAAACAAACGAAAUGGCUUUUCCCAAGAAAUCAUCAGGAGAGAAAAAGGAAUCCGGUCGAAUCCGUGAAGCUGACAAGAAACGGAUUCUUGAUGAUGCUGCUCGGAAACGGCGAGCAAGGAAAGCAUUGGAGGCCCUCGAAUCUGACAACUUCCAGGCUGAUCCACAUGCGGAUUUGAAAAUGAGUAAGAAGGCACCCAAAUUUGAAGAAUACAUGGAUAUUAUGAAUUCUGGAAUUGGACGUAAGAAGAAGAAGAACAAAGUGGACCAACUGAAAAGAUGCAAAAAGUCUUUCAAUGCAUUGUUGGAAGAAGAGCAAAUGGCCAUCAAAAAGACACCAAAUUAUUUCUCUGCUGUGGUUCCACCAUCGAAAUUUCCAGAAAAGCACUUCUGUGCCAUUUGUGGAUUUCCAUCUAAUUACAAGUGUGUAUCCUGUGGGGCACGCUACUGUUGUACAAAGUGUCUUGGAACACAUCAAGACACACGAUGUCUAAAAUAUACUGCGUGAUGAGCUGAUGAUGAUGAUGAUGAUGAUCAGAAGGAGCCAUAUUUAAAGGUGUCAUGUGAAGCCACUGGAGUAAAAGGUAACAGAACAUGACCAACAGAUCCACAGUUCAUUCCGUUUACCUGCACACAUCAGGUGAAAGAAAAAAAAAAGAAGAGGAAUAAACAAGAGAAUUGGUGGUUUUUAUUACAAGCUACUUUUGCUGUUUGAAAUGUGAUGAAAAUAUCAGGUAAAACAGCAAAAUGUACCAUUGUUACUGUUUCAUACUAAACACAAUUAGUGAUGGAAAAGUAACGAGAAACAGUUUUUUAAUCUAAAGUUGGAAUCUGUCUGACUUUGUAAAUAACAGCUUUUUCUUUUUUCUUUUGCAAUAAACCAAAUAAUCUUAAAAGAAUC